AUGAUUCGCAAAAUAGCUGUUUCGAUUGUUUCCCUCAUUCUUGUUGUUGGUGCUGUCAUUGCGGUGGUGAGUUUAGUGAACACCCCUAAGGGAUCCGAUGGUGGGAAGAAAGAAGAAAACUUGUCUCCAUCAAUGAAGAUUGCUAAUCAACUAUGUCAGCCAUCAGAUUACAAAGAAUCUUGCAUCAAGACCCUUAGCUCUGUGAACAGCACCGAUCCUAAAGAAUUUGUCAAGCAAGCUAUAUUGACUGCCUCAGAUGCUGUCAAGAAAUCAUUCAACUUCUCCGAUGAUUUGAUCGCCAAGGCCAGCAACGAUAAGCGUGAGAAAAUGGCCUUGGGUGAUUGCAAGGAGUUGUUGGACUACGCCGUUCAAGAGCUUCAAGCAGCAACGUCAAUGGUGGGAGAUAGUGAUUUGCACACCACAAAUGACCGAGUUGCAGAGUUACAAAGUUGGUUGAGCGCCGUCCUUGCAUAUCAAGAAACAUGCGUGGAUGGAUUUGAUGAUAAGAGUUCCAUCAAGCCUAUCAUACAACAAGGUUUCGUCGAUGCUAGCCAGCUUACAGAUAAUGUUUUGGCUAUCAUUUCUGGCUUGUCAGACUUCCUCAAAUCCGUAGGCCUUCAGUUUAACAUUCCUUCUAACUCUCGUCGUCUCCUUGCUGACGAUGGAUUCCCAACCUGGUUCUCUGGUGCUGAUCGUAAGCUUUUGGCUGCCAAAGACAAUGGUAGGGUUAAACCAAAUGUGGUUGUGGCCCAGGAUGGCAGUGGACAGUUCAAGACCAUCAGUGCAGCCAUUGCUGCAUAUCCCAACAACCUCAAGGGACGAUAUGUUAUCUAUGUUAAGGCAGGAACUUACCGGGAGUAUGUUACUAUUGACAAGAAGAAGCCCAAUAUCUUCAUCUACGGUGAUGGACCAAGGAAGACCAUCGUCACAGGAAGCAAGAGCUUUGCCAAGGAUGGCUUGGGCACCUGGAAGACUGCUACUUUUGUGGCUGAAGCUGAUGGGUUCAUGGCCAAGUCGAUGGGAUUCCAAAACACCGCUGGUCCUGACGGGCACCAGGCUGUGGCACUUCGCGUAAGUUCUGACAUGGCAGUAUUCGUCAACUGCAGGAUGGACGGGUACCAAGACACAUUGUUGUACCAAGCUAAGCGUCAAUUCUACCGCAACUGUGUGAUUUCUGGCACCGUAGAUUUCAUCUUCGGUUACGGAGCUGCUGUGAUCCAGAACUCCUUGAUUGUUGCCCGGAGACCUAACGACAACCAGCAGAACUCUGUGACGGCAGACGGCAGGAAAGAGAGGCACGCCACCACCGGAUUGGUCAUCCACAACUGCAGGAUCGUUCCUGAGCAGAAGCUAGUGGCUGAUAGGUUCAAGAUCCCAACAUUCCUGGGCAGGCCAUGGAAACCAUACUCCAGGACUGUUGUCAUGGAGUCAGAAUUAGGAGAUUUCAUCCAACCUGCUGGAUGGAUGCCAUGGGCUGGAAGCUUGCAUCUCGAUACUCUGUACUAUGCCGAGUAUGCCAACAGAGGCCCUGGUGCGAACACCCAGAAGAGGGUGAACUGGAAGACCUUCCAUGUCAUUAACAGGAACGAGGCUCUUCAAUUCACUGCUGGCCAGUUCCUUCAGGGCGCUGCUUGGAUUAAAAAUGCUGGAGCGCCCGUCUUGCUUGGCCUAAAACGUUGA